CAUCACCUUUCUAUCUUACACCGUGGUCACCGUGGUCGUAUCGCCUUUUCCUAACCUCUUUUCCUCGGGCCGGGAUAUGUAUAUGUAAGAGGCGCAUAUGCCAUAUGCGCUAUUGUAUACGACCAAAAGGAAGAACGGACGGAAAUCGUAAAAUGAAAUGUACGAUGAAAGACACGUGAGGCGCCUAGCAAAUAUUGGGUCGAGGCUCCGAGGCAAGCGGAUACGAACCGCAGCAACCUAUCGGUCGUGCUGGCAUCGGGUCAACGUAACGAAGCUAUUUUAACUGCGAAUUUCAGGCCUGACCCUGAUGUACGUUAUCGGGCUUUUGCGUCGCAUUACGAUCUCGCACUGUUAUUUCUAUCCCGACACAGAUCGAAACCCUCGUGAUUGAUCGUGGUAAUUGAACGCAAAGAUGGGUGAUAUUAAAUAUUACGGAAAGAGGAGAAGUAUUAUAAGAAGGAUUGGAUCUUUUUUACCGUUAAAACCACCACCCAAAAUAUAUGUCAGUGUGACACCGUUACACUUGAUGACAAAUUCAAUGGUUAAUGAGGAAACCGGUAGCAACUAUGUUGAUACAAAUGGCUAUCCAAUGAGUAGGCCAGAUCUGUUGGAACCAAUUAGUUUUGGAUCCGAAGUGCGAUUGCUCGCGCUAGAGCAAGAAUUACAAGAGCUUAGGGAACAAAUUUCGACAAUUGUGAAAAACAAUAAAUUGUCUAAAUAUGCAUCUGUAGCGUCUCUGCCCAAUGGAGCAGAUGACACGAAGUCUGUGCCACCGCCACCGCCACCACCACCACCGUUACCACCACUUUCACUUCCAUUUCCACUUUUGCCACCCACAACGCCGCAUAUCGCGAGGAGGGCUAGUUUGCAAGAUCACAAAAUGGAGGAUCGUAAAAAAAUGCCAUUGAGUGUACAGAAAUCGACGGGUGAUAUGCUGAAGGAUAUUGAUAAUGUAAAAUUAAGACCAGUUGCAAGGUCUCCAGGUGGACAUCCUAUACGGGUAAAACGUGAGAAUAGUCCAUGCAAUGAUUUGCAAGAAAUUUUACGACGACGCUACAUUGCAAUGCAAUCUCCCGAUAGCAGGAAUUCAUCAGCUAAUUUAACGAUGGACGAUUCACUUUGAACAGAUAAAACAAAUUGUUCAUAUGUGAAAAUACUUUCGAGUAUUUUUGUUGUAUGUAUAUUUAUAUGAAAUUUAGGACUUACAAGUAUUGUGAUGUCAUAGAUAUAUUUGAAUAUUUGCACUUUGUAUUAGUUGACGUUUAUAACGAGAAACUUAAACCAAAGAUCAGUUUGCCGCACUAAUGUGACAUUACUCAGGAACACAUUUUUCUUCUGAGUUGUUAUUAAUAACAACUUACAAGUUUUUCAAAAGUUGGAAGAAAACUAUUUUAGUUUGUGUUUAUAAUUAAAGUUGAAUGAUUUAUUGUAUAUAAGACUAUUAGAAUAUUGAAGUGUCAAGUCGAUGACUUUUCUUACAGAUUUAGCUAUAUAGUAAUUCUAUUAUCCGAAAUGAAUAUUAUUUUCGUAAUAGUUUAUGACAAAGUGGAACGUACAGUUCCUGUUACCAUUUAGAUAUAAAUGGGAAAUUUUAAUUGCUAAUUGCUUAAAUAAAAGUUAGAUUUUAAUUCAAUUUAUAGACAUUAAUAUUGCAAUCAUUUAUAAUUUUAUUAGUAGUGUUAUGAUAAAAUUUUUUACAUAUGAGUACUACGCUAUGAAUAUUACGAGUUUUAGUAGUAUGAGUGUAUUGUGUGUUUGGCGUAUAAAAUUUUAUUUUACAGAA